GUCGCCACGCAAAGCAAAUCGGGAAGAGGGGAUGAGCUGCGCUGGCCUGCGUCCGAGAGCGGAGGCUCGUUCUCCCUCGGGUGGUGGGCGAUGGGCGUCAGGCGAGGAGGCCGGCGUUAGCGGAGUGCGGGCGCUGCGGAAAGAACUGCUUUUCAUGAACUACACCAUCCAUUGUUGAAGUGGAAGAGCGAGUAUCACUCAUCAUGCCUGCUGUAGCUUCCGUUCCUAAAGAACUCUACCUCAGUUCUUCACUAAAAGACCUCAAUAAGAAGACAGAAGUUAAACCUGAGAAAACCAGCACCAAGAAUUAUGUCCACAGCGCUCAGAAGAUAUUCAAGGCAGCAGAAGAAUGCAGACUAGAUCGUGAUGAGGAAAGGGCCUAUGUGCUUUAUAUGAAAUAUGUGGCAGUUUAUAAUCUUAUCAAAAAAAGACCUGAUUUCAAGCAACAGCAGGAUUACUAUCAUUCAAUACUCGGACCUGCAAACAUCAAAAAAGCUGUUGAAGAAGCUGAAAGACUCUCUGAGAGCCUCAAACUGAGAUAUGAAGAGGCUGAAGUUCGGAAAAAACUUGAAGAAAAGGACAGACGGGAGGAAGAGCAGCUGCAACAGCAGAAAAGGCAGGAGGCAGGAAGAGAAGACAGUGGUGCAGUGGCCAAACGCUCUUUGGAGAAUGUAUCGGAUUUCAAAAACAAAACCCAAAGGAUCAAUGGUGAGAAGAGUGAAAAGGGUGGAACUGCAGAGAAAGGAGCAAUCACAGCAAAGGAGCUGUAUACAAUGAUGAUGGAUAAAAACAUCAGCUUGAUUAUAAUGGAUGCUCGAAAAAUGCAGGAUUAUCAGCAUUCCUGUAUCUCAGAUUCUCUCAGUGUUCCUGAAGAAGCUAUCAGUCCAGGAGUCACUGCCAGUUGGAUUGAAGCAAACCUCUCAGAUGAUUCUAAAGACACUUGGAAAAAGAGGGGGAGUGUGGACUAUGUGGUACUGCUCGACUGGUUUAGUUCAGCAAAAGAUUUGCAGCUUGGAACCACACUGCGGAGUCUGAAAGACGCACUUUUCAAGUGGGAAAGUAAAACUGUCCUGCGCCACGAGCCUCUGGUGUUGGAGGGGGGCUAUGAAAACUGGCUCCUUUGCUAUCCGCAGUAUACAACAAAUGCUAAGGUCACUCCACCCCCUCGAAGCAAAACUGAAGAGGUGUCUGUCUCAUUGGAUUUUACUUAUCCCUCACUGGAAGAACCAGUUCCUCCCAAACUUCCUGCCCAGAUGUCUCCUUUACCUAUAGAAGUAGAUGAAAAUGCAGAAUUGGUAACUGGUCAAGAUGAAAAACCGAGACCACAGAACUUGUCAGCUCUCGCCGGACCCAGUGCCGCUCCCAAAGCCGAAGCUUCACCCAUAAUUCAGCCUGUGCCUGCUGCAAAGACUGUCCCACAGGUUGAUCGUACGAAAAAACCAGCAGUGAAAUUGCCUGAAGAUCAUAGAAUAAAAUCUGAAAAUACAGAUCAGAGUGGAAGAGUUCUUCCUGAUCGUUCCACCAAGCCAGUAUUUCCUCCUCCGACUGCCAUGUUAACAGAUGAAGAAAAAGCCCGUAUUCAUGAAGAAACCGCCCUUCUCAUGGAGAAAAACAAGCAGGAGAGGGAACUUUGGGAAAGGCAGCAGAAGGAGCAGAAAGAGAAGCUGAGGAGGGAGGAACAAGAGCGCAAAGCUGGAAAGACACAGGACUUGGAAGAACAUGACAUCAGUGAGAACCAACUCAAAACAAAGGCCGAGCUGGAGAAGAGAGACAGCAAACAGACUAAGAUGGAAGAAAAAGAGCCCUCAGCAGACAGGGGCCAGGAAGCCACAGGGACAAAAAGACAAAGUAAAAGUGAACACGAGGCUUCUGAUGCCAAGAUGUCUGUGGAAGGUAAAAGGUGUCCCACAUCAGGAGUGCAGAAGAGGCCACCAGAUGUGUCCCCUGCAUCCGUGUCAGGAGAACUGAGUGCAAGCAAGGCUCAACGAGAACCUUUGACAAGAGCGCGAAGUGAAGAAAUGGGGAGAAUUGUACCAGGGCUGCCUUCUGGCUGGGCCAAGUUUCUUGAUCCAAUCACUGGAACCUUCCGUUACUACCACUCACCCACCAACACGGUCCACAUGUACCCACCUGAAAUGGCCCCGUCGUCUGCCCCGCCUUCCACCCCUCCUACUCACAAAGUCAAGCCCCAGACCCCAGCUGAGCGGGACAGGGAGCCAUCCAAACUGAAGCGCUCCUACUCCUCCCCGGACAUUACUCAGGCCCUGCAGGAGGAGGAAAAGAGGAGGCCAGCUGUGACCCCAGCAGUCAACCGGGAAAACAAGCCUAAGGCUGAGAUCUCAAGACUUUCUGCUUCUCAGAUUCGGAACCUCAAUCCUGUUUUUGGAGGAUCUGGACCAGCUCUUACUGGACUUCGUAAUUUGGGAAAUACUUGUUACAUGAACUCAAUACUGCAGUGCCUGUGUAAUGCUCCACAUUUGGCUGAUUAUUUCAACCGGAACUGCUACCAGGAUGAUAUCAACAGGUCAAAUUUGCUGGGGCACAAGGGUGAAGUGGCAGAAGAAUUUGGUAUCAUCAUGAAAGCGCUGUGGACAGGACAGUACAGGUACAUCAGUCCAAAAGACUUCAAAGUCACCAUUGGGAAGAUUAACGACCAGUUUGCAGGAUCCAGCCAGCAAGAUUCCCAGGAACUGCUUCUGUUCCUCAUGGAUGGCCUCCAUGAGGAUCUAAAUAAGGCUGACAAUCGGAAGAGGCAUAAGGAAGAGAACAACGAUCACCUCGAUGACUUUAAAGCGGCAGAACACGCUUGGCAGAAACACAAGCAGCUCAAUGAGUCCAUUAUUGUCGCACUCUUUCAGGGUCAGUUCAAAUCCACAGUGCAGUGCCUCACCUGCCACAAAAAGUCUCGGACAUUUGAGGCUUUCAUGUAUUUGUCAUUGCCACUAGCAUCCACAAGUAAAUGCACAUUACAGGACUGCCUUAGAUUAUUUUCCAAAGAAGAAAAACUCACAGAUAACAACAGAUUCUACUGCAGCCAUUGCCGAGCUCGGCGGGACUCUCUAAAGAAGAUAGAGAUCUGGAAAUUGCCGCCUGUGCUAUUGGUACACCUGAAACGAUUUUCCUAUGAUGGCAGGUGGAAGCAGAAGCUGCAAACAUCCGUGGACUUCCCGUUAGAAAACCUUGACUUGUCCCAGUAUGUUAUUGGUCCAAAGAACAGUUUGAAGAAAUAUAACUUGUUUUCUGUUUCAAACCACUACGGCGGGCUGGAUGGAGGCCACUACACAGCCUAUUGUAAAAAUGCAGCAAGGCAGCGCUGGUUUAAGUUUGAUGAUCAUGAAGUUUCUGAUAUCUCCGUAUCUUCUGUGAAGUCGUCAGCGGCUUAUAUCCUCUUUUAUACUUCAUUGGGACCACGCGUAACUGAUGUAGCCACAUAAAGAGGUGUAGGUUAUGAUGUAUUGUUUUUAAAUCGCAGAGGUACAUCUAACGCUUACAAAGAUAACAGAGCGCUGAGACUGGCUGUGUAGAGGAAUUCCAGAAUUCUGGGGGCUGCAUUACUAGCACCAUAUAAUCAGGUCAGUGCUGUUUAUCAAAAGCAAAAACAAACAACUGACGUUUAACAAGUAUCACAGUAAGCAUCCCUAUGUAUCAUUUAUUUCAAAACAACUUUUUUAGUCUGCCCCAAAAUUAAAAAUAAUCCAUUAGCCAGAUGUUUAUUAUUCUAUUGGUAUCAAACCAUUGUAACCCUCAAUUUCCUUUUCACUGCUAUAGCCUUUUCUCCUUUCUAGUCCCAGCUCGGUCCACUAUGAACUCUAGAGUGACCUAACGCAGAUAGGAAUGUAUGUGUACAUAUUUAUUGCACUCUUGCACAUCAGAUCGCUGUACAUAGUUUAACAUGCCCUUCUCUGAAAGCCUGGGAAAGAGAGAUUUUUUUUUUGUUCUUUUGGCCUUUUCUAGGUAGCUGCAGUGCUUUCUUGGGAAAACGACAGGGCAAAACUAUUUUUCUGUUGGCUUUGGGCUGUAUUUGUGCACUAAAUCUUUAUUCUAAAAAAAAGGAAACUUUAAUUUUUUAAAAAUUCAUUUACAUCUACAUUAAAAUCUUAAUGAAAAAAGAAAACAUUUGAAACCUUGUAAGUGUUCUUUCUCCCCCGCAUCCAGGUAUUUUUUUGAGGCAGAAUCUCACUAUGUAGCUCUGGCUGUCAGGAACUCACCAUCUGGCCUCAAACUCAGAGGUCCACCUACCUCUUACGUGUUUUUACACAGACCUUAUAUUACCUUAGUUAUUUAUAGAGUUAGGACUCUAUUCCAUGCUAGCCACAUGUAAAAUAAUCCCCAGACUUCUGUCUUUUCUGAAGAGUUAUGGUAGAGUGAGCUGCUAUAAUAAGAAGCACACCGUCCUCAGAGUCCUGACCUUCCUCAGGGACAGCAACGAAAACUACAUAAAGUUCGCUUGUUUGGUUGGUUGGGUUUUUUGUUUUGGUUUUGAAGAUUUCUUACAGUGCUUUGUUUACAUCAUUCCACCCAAUCCUCUUAAUUCCUCUCGUGUUUCCUAAUCUCUCAAACUCUAUUUCUUAUGUCUCACACACACACACCUUGCUGAGGCCAUUUAGUGUUGCUCACAUGUUUAGAGCUCACCACUUGAGAUUGGGUUGAGUGCCAGGGUCUCAUCCCUGGAGAAAACUGAUUCUUGCAUUCUUAGCUCUCAGUUGCCUAUAGCUCUUCAUCUAGGGAUAGGCCCUUGUGAGAUUAUCGCCAUCUGUGCUGCCAUGUCACUGUGCAAGUCUCAUUGUUGAGAUUUUGUGGGUGCCGCUUUCUUGCUGUGUACAGACGCUAUCUCAGAGCAAUCCCCUGAGCUGAGAGGUAGUGGUCACACUGUAGAUCUAUCUUUUGGGGUGAGUGCCACUUGGUCAGUUGUUGUCUGCAUUUUUCAUUUUGAUUAGUAAUGACCCUCUGUGAUAGUCUCCAUCUGCUGUAAAAAGCUUCUUUGAUGAGGGGUGCGAGCUACACUACCUGUGGAUCGAUACUUAGAAGUUGAGAGUUACACGGGCAGUAGGAGACUCUCCUCUAGGGCCCAUCCCCUCACCAGUCAUGGAUCCUUCCCCUUAGACCACUCAGACCAAUUACAUGACAGCUGCUGGUUAUCCCCAAGAUAGAGGCGCCACUAUUGCACCUAUCGGGAUACUUGCCUCGCUGGCCAUGUGCUUUAUAGGUGUCAUAGCUGACUCUGACUAUUGGUUGCUUUCCUCCCUUGGCAGCACACAUAGCAUGUUGGGACACUGUGGGAGCUAGUCCUCAAGUACAGGCUUCCAGGUCAGUUCCAGCUCGGUUCCUUCAAGUCCUGUGUCUAAAGUAUGUGCUGUCCUCAGCAACAGGGUCUUACCCUUCAAGUUCUAGAAGGCAACCAAGGGCAGUACAAUAGUCCAUAUUGGUUUGGGAAUUCUU